AUGUCGCAUUUGCCUUCUGCCUUUCAAAUUGCUGUCCAAGAUUGCAUCGACGCUGAAAGAAACGCCGACAGGGGAUCAGUACGGGCGCGUAACGACAGAUCUUUUGACUCUCGAGCCCACUUUUUUGCCGGUUGGUGCAUCAGAAAUGAACUUUCCGAGCACGAUUUACAGAAGUUAGAUGAUGCUGGUUGCAUUUUUGUUCUUGGCACUUAUCUUCGUGACGUAAAACAGGGUGACAACAAACAAAAGAAAGCAGACUUGAUGGCAGAUACACUUUGUGCAUAUUUGUCUACAGCUCACAAAUACUUGCAACAUCGCCUUGGCCAAUCUAUCAAUGUUAUGGAUCCAACAUAUGGUGGUAAGCAGAAUCGAUAUCAUCCAUUUCUCUACCAACAGAUCCAUGAUUGUGGUUGUUGGCAACAAAAGCAUGAACGAUAUGCACCAUUUACAAUGGAAAUUUUUCUUGCAUUGCAACGAUGGCUUGCUGGUGAACCAGAUCCAACUGCAACCUUCCUUGGUAAGACACAUUCUGUCUAUGAUUGGACCCGUCUCGGUAACUUCAUUGGCUUUCGGGCUAGCGAAUAUUCUCAAGGCGACUUAGGUCGUGGAGAAUUAUUCAACAAGAUUCCAAACAAACAUUUCUUUGACAAGAACUAUGUGUUAAUCCCAUACAAACAUUUGAUCACACGGUAUAAACGUGGUGAUGUUGUGUGGCUUGAACUUCGAUGGAAACAUGAUAAGAGCUCAUUCAACUUUGUGAAGAAACGCUUCAAAAUCACAGGCCAUCCUAUCUACUGUCCCUGGUCUUUUGGAACCGCACGCUUCGCGCGCAAUCCAAAAGACCAGCUUCACACCACAACCCACCAGAGUCACACCAAGAAAGAAUCCCUCACAGAAGAAACCAGACGGCAGGCGCCAGUUGGCUAUCGAUAG